AACCAAAUUUGGUAAUGACCACACACAGAUUUAGUAAAUUUGUGACACGUGCAACCGUUUCGUUUAAAAGUUUUCGUAAAAGGUCCAAACAAGUGAUUCUCAAUGGCUGAGUGUAUCAAAUUUCGAAAAAAUUUAGGAUCUUUUACCAUGGAAUUGCAAAAUAAAAAGUCAAGCAAUCACACAGAUGAUAAACAGCCAUGGUAUGGGUCAAAGUCAAGUUGCCAAACGGAUAGAAGUAGUAAUGACGACGUAUUUAUGACGUUUCAAUCGAAGGAUCCGAUAAUAUCGAUACCGCUGCAGGAGAAAACAUCGAAAGAAAAGUCGGCCGGAGGGGGCGGUGGUCACGGUCAUGGGUUGACAGUCGAACAUCCAACAUCGUACGUCGAAACUCUCAUGCACUUAUUUAAGGGCAACGUCGGUUCAGGAAUAUUUGCAAUGGGAGACGCUAUCAGAAAUGCCGGAAUCGUUGUUGGACCAAUUGUUGUUCUCAUAUUGGGAAUUAUUUGUGUGCAUUGUCAACACUUAUUGUUAUCGGCGUCAAAAACGAUGGUUGACAAGCUCCAGUUGACGGAAGCACCGGACUACGCGCAAACUGUACAGAUCGUGGUCGACAACGGACCGCAACGGUAUCAGGGAUGGGGCAAAACCAUGAAGAAUGUCGUCAACACUUUCCUCUGCGUCACCCAAUUGGGAUUUUGCUGUGUAUACUUCGUGUUUAUAUCAGAAAACAUUAAACAAGUAUUCGAUUAUUAUGGCUACGAGUUGGACGUGCAUUUUCACAUGGCAAUAAUACUGUUGCCAAUACUUUUGACCGCGCUGAUCAGAAACCUGAAAUACCUGGCGCCUUUCUCGACGUUCGCCAAUAUUUUAAUGUUUAUUGGCAUUAUCACGUGUCUGUACUACAGCUGUCGCGACCUACCCAACGUCCAGGAGAGGAACUAUGUCUCCACUUGGUCGCAGAUCCCUCUAUUUUUUGGCACUGCUUUGUUCGCUUUCGAAGGAAUCGGUUUGGUGUUACCUCUUCAGAACGAAAUGAAGAACCCGCGGGAGUUUAAAACUCCGUUCGGCGUUCUGAACGUUGGAAUGACGUUCGUGAUAAUCCUGUACCUUUUGGUCGGCUUCCUGGCCUACCUCAAAUAUGGCGAGGACAUCGAAGGAAGCGUCACCCUCAAUUUACCCAAGGACGAAUAUUUGGCCCAAAGUGUGAAAGUAGUUAUUCCAUUGGGAAUUCUUUUGACGUACUCUCUUCAGUUCUACAUAGCCGUCGAUAUUUUGUGGCCGCCGGUUUUGGAAAAAUUCGGACCGGUGAAAUAUCCCGUUUUUGCCGAGCUCUCUUUUCGUUCCCUCCUUGUCUUACUUACCUUUGUUUUGGCCGAAGCCAUCCCGUAUUUGGGACUGUUCAUCUCGCUGGUGGGAGCGGUGAGUAGUUCGGCGCUGGCGCUCCUCUUCCCCCCGAUCCUGGAGAUGACGAUCAAACACUCCAAUCAAGAACUAUCGAUGAUGUGUGUGACGAAAAACGUUCUGAUAAUGGUGAUAGCGUUGGUCGGAAUGUGUACAGGAGGCUACGAAAGCAUCAGCUCGAUCGUGCACGCCUUCCAGGAAGACCAAUGAACUGAAAGACUGUUAGUCGAACUGACAUUCAAGGGAACUAGUGAUUUUUUAUAUAUAGUUUUAAAGAUUAUUUAUUUUGUACAUGUGUAUUAUAUUAGUAGUAUUAACAGUAUUUUAUUAGGUUUUAUUUUUUAUAAUUGAGAGAUGUGUUUAAAUGAUUGUUUUUUAUUUACUGCUUGGAUCUCGCCUACAAUUAGAUUAUGUAAGUAAUAAACAGAUCAAUUAUCUA